CCACCAGCACUCGGGCACCCUGUAUUCCACUAUCCCAAUUCCAUCAUCACCCCAGCCCUUUCCCCUCUAUUAAAACCAUACGUCUCCCUUCUCUUCCCCACAGACAACUCUCACACUUUCAUCUCAAUCCUCAAAUAUGGGUGGCGACUCUCUCUUCUUCUUCUCUAUCUUUAUCCUCCUAUCUUCUGCAACUGCUUGUGAUAGAUGCGUGCAUCAAUCCAAGGCUGCCUACUUCGCCUCCUCUUCAGCUCUCUCUGCUGGGGCCUGUGGGUAUGGACCUAUGGCACUGGACUUCAAUGGAGGCUAUCUUGCUGCCGCCAGCUCUGCUCUCUAUAGAGGAGGGGUUGGCUGUGGAGGUUGUUUUCAGAUAAGGUGCAAGAACUCCAAGGUCUGUAGCAGUAGAGGAGUUAAAGUAAUGGUGACGGACCUCAACGCGAGCAACCGCACGGAUUUCGUGCUCUCCACCACGGCGUUUAUGGCCAUGGCGAAAGAGGGGAUGGGCCAGGAAUUGAAGCAACUGGGAAUAGCGGAUGUGGAAUACAAGAGGAUCCCGUGCGAGUACAAGAACAAGAACUUAGCCAUCAGAGUGGAAGAGAAUAGCCGAAAGCCAAACUAUCUGGCCAUCAAAUUUUUGUACCAGGGUGGUCAGACGGACAUCGUGGCCGUCGAUGUGGCUCAGGUUGGGUCGACAAAUUGGAGAUAUAUGACCCGAGAUUAUGGGGCGGUUUGGAGCACGAACCGGGCGCCGGUCGGACCGCUGCAGUUUCGGAUGGUGGUGACGGGCGGCUACGAUGGGAAGUGGGUGUGGGCGCAGAAGGCGGUCCUGCCGGUCGAGUGGAAAACCGGGUUGGUCUACGACUCGGGGGUUCAGAUCACUGACAUCGCACAGGAGGGCUGUUCUCCGUGUGACACACGAGAGUGGAAGUGAGGCUCAUGUUUUUUUGUUCAAAGAGUAUAUAAGAAGGGUGGAGAUAAUUAUUUUUUUGGAUUGUGUAAUAUGUUACUCUUUUUGUAUAUAUUGCUAAUUUAAUGGUGAUGUAACGAUUUAAAAUAA